AUGGCGUCUUCGUCGUCCUCUUCUCACUUGAUUCCCACAUCAUGGAAAUAUGACGUUUUUAUGAGUUUUAGAGGAGAAGAUACCCGCAAGAACUUUGUGGAUCAUCUCUACUCGGCUCUUGAUCAACAAGGAAUCUACACAUACAAGGACGACGAAACACUUGCUCGGGGUGAGUCAAUCGGUCAAUCGCUCGUGAAGGCUAUCCAAGAAUCACGGAUUGCCAUUAUUGUAUUCUCCAAAAACUAUGCAGGGUCAUCUUGGUGCUUGGACGAGCUUGCAUAUAUUAUAGAAUGCAUGGACAAGAGAGGGCAAAUCGUUAUGCCCAUAUUUUAUGACAUAGAUCCCUCAGAUGUCAGAAAACUAAAGGGAAAAUUUGAAGAAUCAUUUGCCAAACAUGAGUUGGAGCAUAAGAACAAAGUUGAAUCAUGGAGAAGUGCUCUUGUAAAAGCAGGCAACCUUUCUGGAUGGGUCCCCAAGGACUUUGCAAACGGAUAA